CACUCCGAAGCGACAGUACGCGCCCUCGACCAUGGCCCAGCCCGACCACACGGUCGUCCUGUCGUUCCCCUCGCUCUCGCACCUCGUCAACUCGUCCUCAUCAGCUCGGAGUGCGAGCCACCUCGACUGGGUCCACUCGGCAGCCCAGCAGACUAACACGGCGCUCCUCGUCAUCAUCCGCACCCCUCGGGACGCACCCUCGCCCUGGUCACCCGCGCCCUCGUCCACCUCGACCACCACCUCGCCCACUUCCCCACCUCCGACCGCCCUCUUCCUCCCGCUCGAACAAGCCCUCGCCCGCAUCUACAACGCCGCCACCCACGCCUUCCUCGACCACGACGACGGCCACGGCCCGCUCAAGCACGUCGACGUCGUCGUCGAGCAGAUGCGCGACCCCGUCUCGCGCCUGUGCGUCUCUGACGACUCGGCCACGUCGCACUGGGACUACUCGCGCGACGGCGUGGACGGCGACGAUGACGGCAUGGGCAAGGGCAAGGCGACCGCCGCUCCAGGGCCCGACUCGUCCGCCGCAACCUCGACCCCGACGACCGCCGACAGCAACUUCCCGCCGACCUACCCGGUCGUCGCCCUCGGCGGCACGUUCGACCACCUGCACGCCGGGCACAAAAUCUUGCUCACCAUGGCCGCAUCCCUGUGCACCUCGCGCCUCGUCGUCGGCGUCUCGGACGACCACCUCCUCGUCAACAAAAAGUUCAAGCACCUCCUCGAGCCGAUCGACGUGCGCAUGCGCGCCGUCAGGCGCUUUGUCGAGCUCGUGCGGCCCUCGGUCGAGUGCGACGCCGUUCCUCUCCAGGACGUGUACGGCCCGACGGCCAACGACCCGGCGAUCGAGGCGCUCGUCGUGUCGGACGAGACGCGCGCCGGCGGCGACGCGAUCAACACCCUGCGCGCCUCGCGCUCCCUCUCGCGCCUCGACAUCUUCACCAUCUCGCUCGUCGGCGGCGAGGAGGCGCAGCGACAGGGCCGGGGCGCCGGCGCCGGCGCCGAGGUCGAGGUCGAGGUGGCGACCAAGAUGGGGAGCACGGGCAUCCGCGAGUGGCUCGAUCGGAGGGAGAGGGAGAGGGCGCAGAGGGAGGCGGAGGCGGAGGGGGAGCGAGGAGGGGCAGCUGGGGAGGCGGUGCCGUAGAGAGGACGGCGGGCAACGACCGGUUCUCGGAACG